UCGGAUCCCCCGCAGAAAAGUGGGUGAAAAAGAGCAACGGAGGAACAAUCCAAGACCCUCUUCUCCGCCGCGCCUGCCACCCGCUGAGGCCCGCCUAUCGGCCCAAAUGGCCUCACCCCCUUCCCCGCCCCCGCCCUCGCCGCCGCCGCGGGCCGACGAGCCACGCAGCGGCGGGGGCAGGGCGCCGAUCCCGCCCUACGUCAAGGCGGCGGCGGGGUCGCUCGGCGGCGUGAUGGAGGCGUGCUGCCUGCAGCCCAUCGACGUGGUCAAGACGAGGCUGCAGCUGGACCGCGCGGGGGCCUACCGCGGCAUCGCGCACUGCGGCACCACCGUCGCGCGCGCCGAGGGCGUGCCGGCGCUCUGGAAGGGCCUCACGCCCUUCGCCACCCACCUCACGCUCAAGUACGCGCUCCGCCUCGGCUCCAAUGCCAUGCUGCAGUCCGCCUUCAAGGACCCCGUCACCGGCAAGGUCUCCGCGCAGGGCCGCCUCGCCUCCGGCUUCGGUGCCGGCGUCCUCGAGGCCCUCGUCAUCGUUACCCCAUUCGAGGUGGUAAAGAUUAGAUUGCAGCAACAAAAAGGACUAAGCACGGACCUGCUGAAAUAUAAAGGGCCCAUACACUGUGCAAAGACAAUUGUUCGUGAGGAAGGCAUUUUUGGUCUGUGGUCUGGAGCAUCACCAACUGUCAUGCGCAACGGCACAAACCAAGCUGCGAUGUUCACAGCCAAGAACACGAUAGACAUCCUUCUCUGGAAGAAGCAUGAAGGGGACGGGAAGGUUCUCCAGCCAUGGCAGUCCAUGGUCUCCGGGUUCCUUGCAGGAACCGCAGGGCCGAUCUGCACCGGGCCUUUCGACGUGGUGAAGACCAGGCUGAUGGCCCAAGGGAGGACCGGCGACAUCAAGUACAAGGGCAUGUUCCACGCGAUACGGACGAUACACGCGGAAGAGGGCCUCCGGGCCCUGUGGAAGGGCCUGCUUCCCAGGCUGAUGAGGAUUCCACCUGGCCAGGCCAUAAUGUGGACAGUGGCUGAUCAGGUGAUGGGCCUCUAUGAGCGAACAUAUCUGCAGUCGUCUCAGGUGUAACCCGCCGCCUGCUUUCGAAGCUGCUGCGCCGAAUUGAUUGGUUAGUCGGCGCCAUUUUGGGUUGCCUGGAAUCCUGGAUAUUCAUUUGUUCAUUGCUUGAGAGACUGGUAUUGGUCGGAGCAAUGAGCCCAUGUACUUUAGUAGUCCACAAAAUAAUGAUUAAACCCCCUUCCAAUUUUGAUAAGAAUGAUCGGAUGAUGACUGACUGUUA